AACUGCAGAAACUGGAGCAAAGCUCCUUCUCUGAAGGGAGGAAAGUACUCAUAUCGCAACUGACGCAAGGGCGCUAAAUACGAACUGGAAUGAAAUGUCAUCACAAGUGCAUUACAUCUAACGUUAACGGUAUUAUCGGAAAUGUAACAUCGAGGAUGGCUCCUCGGGUACAGCUAGAGAAAGCCGCUUGGCAGUGGGUUGAGACGGUGAAACCAGAAGAUAUUAAAAACGAACAUAUCGAACAAGCUUAUCGAAUCGCUCUCUCAGCAUGCAAAAGAGGAACAUGCAGGAGGAAUUGCAAGGGGAACCCAAAUUGCUUAAUUGGGAUUGGAGAACAUCUCUGGUUGGGGGACAUUGACGAGAACACCUUCCAUAACAUUGAUGAUCCCAGCUCAGAACGACGAGACAAGAAUACAUUUGUGGGUUUAACAAACCUGGGUGCCACCUGCUACGUUAACACCUUCCUCCAAGUUUGGUUCCACAACUUGGAGCUCCGUCGGACCUUAUAUCUCUGCCAGAAUUCCUGGGUUGAUGGACAGAACAUAGACUCAGAGGAUGAGCCGGAGACGAUAUGUGAACAUCUCCAGUACUUGUUUGCAUUGCUGCAGAACAGCAGCAGAAGAUCCAUCGAUCCAUCGGGGCUUGUGAAAGCUUUAGGACUUAACACGGGACAACAGCAGGAUGCACAAGAAUUCUCCAAGCUAUUCCUCUCCCUCCUGGAAGACAUCCUCUCAAAACAGAAGAACCCAAGCCUCCAGAAUGUCAUUCAGCAGCAGUUCAGUGGAAUGAUUUCCUAUGUCACAGUAUGUGACCAGUGUGGUCGGUCAUCUUCCCUACCCUCCCGAUUCUACGAAUUGGAACUUAAUAUUCAAGGACACAAAAAUCUCACAGAGUGUCUCACAGAGUUCUUAAAGGAGGAGAAGCUUGAUGGAGAUAAUUGCUACUUCUGUGAGAACUGCCAGAGUAAACAGAGUGCUACACGUCACAUUAAACUCCAAAGUUUGCCUCGAACCCUUAACCUACAACUCAUGCGUUUUGUCUUCGACAGGAAAACGGGUCAUAAAAAGAAGCUGAACACCUUCAUUAAUUUCCCAGAGAUCCUGGAUAUGGGACCAUUUCUGGAAAGGAAAGAGGACAAGUGUGUUUUUGAGCUGAGUGCCGUACUUAUCCAUCGAGGCAUCAGUGCAUAUUCAGGUCACUACAUUGCUCAUGUACAAGAUGCUCUCUCCAACGACUGGUACAAGUUCAAUGAUGAGGAGAUUGAGAAAAUGGAGGGCAAGAAACUGCAGCUGGGACUUGAAGAGGACAUUGCGGAAACUGUCAAAAUAUCCCAGACCCGGAAACCCAAAUGUGGCAGAGGAGACCACUGCUCUCGAAAUGCCUACAUGCUAGUAUACAAACGGCAAGCAGAACAAGAGGACAGGAAUGAGACCAUUGUAGAGGUGCCAGGAUUUCUUCAGAAACUUGUCGAAAAGGACAAUCGGAAGUUUGAGGAAUGGUGCAAUGAGAUGGCUGAGAUGAGAAAACAGAGUGUAGACAAGGGCAAAGCCAAACACGAGGAGGUGAAGGAGCUCUACAAGUUGUUGCCUGCAGAAGACGGCCAGCCCUAUGAGUUUGUGCCAUUGGACUGGUUGAAGAAAUGGCUUGAUGACUCAGUCACCACUAAGGCAAUUGAAAAUGGCCAAUUCCUGUGCUCUCAUGGGAAGCUUCACCCUGAUAAAAUCGGCGAGGCCAAACGGAUCUCCUUCAAAGCAGCCAGCCUCCUUUUUAGCCGAUAUGGAGGAGGCCCCAGACUAGACAGUUCAUCCCUGUGUAGAGAGUGUGUCAUGCAGCGCUGCCAAGUUCUGCGGUUGAAGAAUCAGCUAACAGAGGACUACAAGGAGAUGUCCAACCUCAUCAAAGCACCACCACCAAGUGGUAAAGGGUUUUGGGUAGGCAAACUGUCUCUACGCAUCUGGAAGCAGCUGGCAUUCGAGCAGAUGGAAGAGGAUGAGGAGCAUACUAAGCAUGGUGACCACAAGACCAAUGGUGAUCGCUCCAACAUCAUUGUGAGCAAAGAUUUUAAUGGCAUUCAUCAAGUUUAUGAGAAAGUCCAUGCUCCACUUUUCUGCAACAGCAAAAGUGCAAAGACGACAGACAGAGAAGACAUGGAUACUGAGGGCAUGAAGACCAUCAAUGAAGACAUCCUCUGUCCUCAUGGGGGCCUCAGUAUCCUGGCGAGUGAGAGGAGGCUGGUGUCUGUGGAGGUGUGGGACAAACUGAAGGUGUACUUCCCCAAAGCACCUGAGUUCAUCUAUCAGCAAGAACCCUGUCAGCAUUGUCUGAGGCUGGAGCGGGAGGACAGACAAAAUGAGGAGCUGAACAAAAUGAUGGCCAAUGAGCAGAAGAGUGCUCUACUCAACUUAUUCCAGGAGAAAAAUAGACCAACACUGCAGAAAUGGCCUGAAGACGUGGAUGUUUUAUACAUUGUUCCACCAUUCUUUGUGGAUGAAUGGAGGAAGUUUAUCAGGAGACCUGCCAAAAUCACACCUGUGUCAAGUGUGAGCAAUAGCAUCCUGCUCUGUCCUCAUGGUGGCUUCAUGUUUACCUACGAGUCCUUGCUAAUAGGAGAUGCUGAGCAUAUAGCUCUCCUCUGGCCGAAUGAGUGGGAGGUGAUCAGGACCCAUUUCCUUGUGGACCAGCCUAUUUCUAUAAGCAGGAUAAAGCCAGAACAUGGUAUCAAUGACACGGUUGAAUAUCACACGCGACCAGAUUUGUGUCAGGAGUGUCGAGAAGGCUUCAUGUUCCAACAGCAGAGAGACAUGAGAGAGUACACUCAGGCUACAGUCUAUGUGCGCAAAGUCAUCAACAACAAAAGGGCAUUGAAGGAUGAUGCCCCAUCCCUUAAUAUCAGUGGUUCAGAAGCAGAAGAAGAUACGGAAGCCAAAGUUGACGGAGAGAAAGACCCAGAUUUUAGCCAGUUGGAAAAUGGUGCCAAGCGGAAAAAGAUGGACAGCAGUGGUAUUGGUUCUGCGGUGCAUUCAGUAGCCAGGGCACCCUCUGACAAAGGCAUCCGCAGGAGCACGCGUCAUCACAAGCUUCGAGGAGAGAAAGCCCUCAUUGUCUCUGCCAACCAAACACUCAAGGAGCUCAAAAUACAGAUCAUGCAUGCCUUUUCUGUUGCUCCAUUUGACCAAAACCUGUCCAUAGAUGGCCGCAGCCUUACUGAUGACUCUGCUACUCUGGGUAGCCUAGGGGUGAUACCAGACAGCAUCAUCUGCCUGAAGGCUGAUGAACCCUUAGCAGAUUAUUCAGCGAUAGAUGAUGUUUACCAAGUGUGUUUGCCUGAGGAGGGAUUUAAAGGCACAGGGCUCCUGGGACACUGAAAAAAAAACAUCAGAUUCUGGAUUCAUGUUCAUGUCUUGAUAAAAAUUAGAAUAUUUCCAAGAUUGGAUGAUAGGGUAAUUUCUAAGAUGGGAAUUUCGAUUUUAUGUUUUUUAUUAUUUUUCAUCAUUGUCAUUGAACUUUGACUGUAAUGCCAGUUCUACAGAUGUGUCUUUCAUUGAGUGAACAGAGAAAUUUGUUUUGCUUUUGUAAGACUAAAGUUGUUUUGCAAAGACAUGCAAUUGUCUCCAUGAGUGAUAUGUGAAAUCUGACAAUAGCAAUCCCUAUCUUUUCACUUGAAGGAAAGGGUUUUGUGGGGAAAUUACAUGUUGUCUUCUAAUUAUCUUCUUAAGGUGACACAUAUGUUCUCUCCAUCUUGAUGAGUGAGAUAUGUUGAAGCAUCCAUGAGAAACUUAAAUAAUGAAAAUGACCUUUCCUUGUAUGCCUAAGAUUCACCAGUGUAUGGAUGUGGGAGUUACAUGCACUAUGAGUAAGAACUUGAAUGGUGUUAAAAGUGUUUUUGAAACAAUUUACCUGCAAUCUUGAACAGAGUGCAGAAGUUGGUGUGUAGCUUUCUUUAUGAUCUUUCUUAUAAGCAAUAAAAUUAUUCUUCCCU